AUGCCUCGCGAGCUCAUCACCCUUCAAUCUGGACAAUGCGGUAACGCGAUCGGAUCCCAGUUUUGGCAGCAGCUCUGUGUCGAGCAUGGUAUCAAUGCAGAUGGUAAUCUUGAGGAUUUCGCGACGGAGGGUGGAGACAGGAAAGACGUGUUCUUUUACCAAAGUGAUGAUACGAGAUACGUACCAAGAGCAAUUUUGAUGGAUUUGGAGCCGAGAGUUAUCGGAAACAUCCUCUCAGGACCGUACGGAAAGAUCUACAACCCCGAAAACGUAUACGUAUCGAAAGAUGGAGGAGGUGCUGGAAACAACUGGGCUGCAGGACAUGCCGCUGGAGAGCGAAUACACGAUGAGCUCAUGGAUAUGAUCGACAGAGAAGCAGAUGGAUCAGAUUCCUUGGAGGGAUUCAUGCUCACGCAUUCAAUUGCUGGAGGUACUGGGUCUGGAUUGGGAAGUUAUAUCUUGGAGCAGCUGAAUGACCGAUAUCCGAAGAAAUUGAUUCAGACUUACUCGGUGUUCCCGAACAAUCAGCAGGUGUCGGAUGUUGUCGUGCAGCCAUACAAUUCGUUGCUGACAUUGAAGAGGUUGACACAACACGCUGACUCGGUUGUGGUACUUGAUAACGCUGCACUGACAAGGAUUGCUGCAGAAGUCUUGCACGUGCAAACACCAUCAUAUAACCAGACAAACCAGCUGGUAUCUACGGUCAUGUCCGCAAGCACUACGACACUGCGUUACCCUGGUUACAUGAACAAUGACUUGGUCAGCAUGGUCGCUUCUCUCAUUCCUACACCAAGAUGUCAUUUCCUGAUGACCUCGUACACGCCUUUCACAGGCGACAAUGUCGAGCAGGCCAAGACUGUACGGAAGACUACCGUGUUGGAUGUUAUGCGCCGCCUCUUGCAACCAAAGAACCGCAUGGUAUCCGUUAACCCGUCAAAAAAGUCCUGCUACAUCUCCAUUAUGAACAUCAUCCAAGGUGAAGCGGAUCCAAGUGAUGUCCACAAGUCUCUUCUUCGUAUUCGCGAACGAAGAUUGGCCACGUUCAUCCCAUGGGGACCUGCAAGUAUUCAGGUUGCCCUGUCAAAGAAGAGUCCGUAUGUGCAGACACCGCACAAGGUCAGCGGAUUGAUGUUGGCGAACCACACAAGUAUUGCAUCGUUGUUCAAGAGGACCCUCGACCAGUACGACAAACUCCGGAAGAGGAACGCUUUCUUGGAACAAUACCGGAGAGAACCUAUGUUCGCAGACGGAUUGGAGGAGUUCGACAGCUCCAGAGCUGUUGUGCAGGAGCUUGUGAACGAGUACGAGGCGGCGGAGAACCCAGAAUAUAUCACAUAUACCGGCGAUGACGGAAGAGGUGAGGAUGAAUAA